GGCCAGUGUCUCCUGUUCUAGGCUUUGAGUUGGCGCACACGUCGUUGACUUGGAUUCGUUGACGGUUGUUCGUGGGUCUGAUGUGUCAAUCCUGGGCAAGUGCAACCAGCCAGCGACCCGCCCAUUGCCAUUACGAGAUUUCAAGCUAGGAUGGGCCGCUGGGAGUUGCGGGCUUGAAGUGAGUGAAUCGUUGUAUCAUUGCGGGCAUCAUGGGGAUCCUACUCUCGCGGUUUUGGAAGAAAAAAUCCACGCCUGAGGUGUUGGAGGCCAUCCAAGGCCAAAUCGGGUCCAUCCAAUCGUUCAAGCGGAACACGCAGGCCUCGCAACGCAAGGUCAUCGGCUAUCUGGUGGCUUACUUCUCGGUCUUGUACGUCCUGGGGGUGGGGGUGGCCUAUUUCAAAUACUACCAUCAUCCGGAUUGGCAAGAUUGGCACUCGCAGCUCCGUCUAUGGAUCCCGAUACUCAUCGCUCCAAUAUUGUUGUUCUUGGUGCGGAAAGUGCUGACAUGGUGGUAUCACCGGAAGAUCCGCCGGAACGAGAUCCAGCUCGAAAAGCUCAUGGUCCAGAAACGCACGCUCUUGGAGAAGGUCAUGGAGACCGAGACUUACAAAGUAGCCAAAGAGAUCCUGGAGAAAUAUGCCCCCGAGCAAUUGACCGCCAGCAAACCCGGGUUCUCUGCGUCCAAAGUGAGUACGUCCAAAAUGCCCUCUUUGGGGAGUGGCACGCCGCUCAAAGGUACGCCGACCCCACGUGGGCCUAAUCCGGUGGCCCGGGCUAACACCCUAGAGCCCGCUUCGCUCGAUUCCUCGAGCAUGGAAUUGCGGCGAAGAGGGACGAAUCCCCAGGUUGGGCCCGUCAAUAGCCCCGCCUCAGCGGCCAAACCCCAGGCCAAUAAUUCCGUCCCGAACUCGCGGGCCGAUCAAGGAAAUAUGAGCGUGAACGGCUCGUUCACAGCGGCGGAUCGAAACCGCAAGCCCUUCACACCCGUGACCUUAACCCAACGGUCUAACCAACAUGUACCACCCGGUCCUCCGUUGCCCAGACCAGUUUUGCCUCGGGAACGAGGAUAUAUGGACCGAAUGGUUGAGUAUUUGGUGGGCGAUGGACCGGCCAAUCGGUUUGCCCUAAUAUGCAAGCAAUGUGCGUCCCAUAAUGGAAUGGCUCUUAAAGAAGAGUUCGAGUACACAGCCUAUCGUUGUUGUUAUUGUUACCAUUGGAAUCCCGCCCGAAAACAGCGCCCCACAGCUCCGAAACUCUCCGCUUCAAAUCCAAUGUUAUCUAAAAGAGCAUCCACCGAAUCCUCGUCAUCUGAAGAUGAAACUUCACCCUCAACCUUAGCCAAAACGACGUCGUUGCCCAAACUGCUAGCUGCAGGUUCCCAAAAAUCCGAUCUAGGCGACGCUUCUACGAUAAACUCGUCUCAAGUUGGGACAGAAAACGCAAAUAUCCAAUCGGUUGCCAAAGAAAGCUCGGAGGAGUCUGUUUCAUCUUUGAGUGAUCAAAAGGUGGAGCAAGACAAGUCCUAGGGUCACCAGGAGUCCUCCCGACACAUCACUCUUCUGACUUCAACGAACUGUAAUACUUUGAAAGGAAAUUGGAUUUCCAUUUCACGCUUGGCUGUGUGGCGAGUAACUAUGACAAAUAUUUUCCCCCCGACGAAAGAGCACCAUCACAUUUUAUGCCGUUCCACCAAUGUUCAGACGACCUUCGAUAUGAAAACAAAUAAAUGAUAUUGAACGCA